AUGUCUUCUUUCCUCCCAUCGCUGUCUUCUCUCUUCUUCUACCAUCUCUCACCAAUUUCUUCACCAUCUCUCCGUUCUCCACUCUUUUCACAUACGGCGACAAAGCCGCCGCCACCACCACUACCCACUGCAUCCAUCGCCACUCAACGUAACCCAAAAGAUGCUUCUGGGAGUUUUUUGUUCUCUCGUAAUGGGACAUUUAAAGCAGCUAUAUUCAAUCCUGGUGCACAGCAAAUCAGGUUCUACUUGUGCGUUAUCCACGUGGAAUCCAGCACCAUUAUCUGGUCUGCAAAUCGCGAUACGCCUAUUUCGAAUUCAGGGAUCAUGAGUUUGACUGUGAAUGGUAUAGUUUUAAGUGAACAAGAUGGAAGUUUGAAAUGGUCUACUCCAUGGUUGCAAUCUUCAGUAUCUGUCCUACAGCUUGCGGAGACUGGAAAUCUUGUCUUGCUUGAUCAAUAUAACAAAACUCUAUGGGAGAGCUUCGGUAAUCCAACCGACACAAUUGUGAUUGGACAGAAAUUGAAAGUCGGGACGCUGCUGUCCAGUGGAACAUCGAGCGAUGAUUUGUCGACGGGUAAUUACGCUCUUGCUUUAACUGCAUCUGAUGCCACUUUGCAGUGGCAGGCUCUCACAUACUGGAAAUUAUCUAUGGAUACCGCAGCUUAUACAAACCCAAAUUAUGCUGUGGACUACAUGGCAGUUAACCAAACGGGUCUCUAUCUGUAUGGUUCUAAUGGUUCUGUAGUCGCGGUUCAGUUGAACUUGGCCCCAUCUAACUUUCGGAUAGCCAAGCUGGACGAAUCUGGCCAGUUCAUCAUCAGUAGCUUCACAGGAGCUGACCAAAAACUGAAUUUUGUCGGGCCAGUUGAUGAAUGUCGAAUCCCAUACAUUUGUGGGAGGCUUGGUUUGUGUACAAAUAGUAUUUCAUUAGAUAAUCCAGCGUGCUCUUGUCCAUCUAGCUUCCAUAGUAGUUCAAAUAAUACAACUGACUGUGUUCCGGGCAACAAUUCUUACUCAUUGGCAGUUUCUUGUAAGACAACGAAUAACAGCAAUCAUAUGAAUCCUUCAUCUUUGUCUUAUAUGCAGCUUGGAUACAGUGUCGACUAUUUCUCUAAUGAUUUUACUGUACCUGCCAAGUAUGGGGUAAAUUUAUCCGCGUGUCAAGAUCUGUGCUCGGGUGAUUGUGCUUGCUUGGGAAUUUUCUACGACAAUUCAUCUGGUUCUUGUUACGUACUUGAAAAUGAACUGGGAUCUGUUAUCUCGAGAACCAUGAGUAGCAGCCGGCUAGGAUUUAUUAAAACCAUUUUCUUAGCUUCACCUACAAAUUUUGGCAGUGACAAUGAUUUUACUAAUGAUGCACUAGGAUUUCCUACAGCUGCUGUAGUACUGUUACCAUUAUCUGGUCUUAUCCUUGCAAUUGUAAUUGGAAUAUUUUUGUGGAGAAGAUCGAAGCUUCCCAAACUAGUGGAGGAGAAAUCAAACCACUCAACCUUCCCCUUUUCUGAUGAUCUUGAAUUUUCUAUACCGGGAUUACCCUUAAGAUUUGAAUAUGAAGAGCUUGAGAGAGCAACUGAGAAUUUCCAGACUCAGAUUGGAACUGGUGGAUUUGGAGCUGUAUACAAGGGUAUGCUCCCUGAUAAAACAUUUAUUGCGGUAAAGAAGAUCAAUAAUUUGGGUGUUCGAGGGAAGAAGGAUUUCUGCACUGAGAUUGCGAUCAUUGGAAAUAUUCACCAUGUGAACUUGGUCAAGUUAAAAGGCUAUUGCGCACAAAGAAGACAAUGGCUAUUGGUUUACGAAUACAUGAAUCGUGGGUCGCUGGACAAAACCCUCUUUGGUAAUGGACCGGUCUUAGAAUGGCAAGAGAGAGUUGAAAUUGCAAUCGGAGUGGCACGUGGGCUUGCAUACUUGCACAGUGGGUGUGAAAAAAAGAUUAUCCAUUGUGAUGUAAAGCCUGAGAACAUUCUCCUGCACGAUCAUUUCCAGACAAAAAUAUCUGAUUUCGGGCUGUCAAAGCUUCUAAGCCCCGAACAGUCCUGUCUGUUCACAACAAUGAGAGGCACUCGUGGUUACCUUGCCCCCGAAUGGCUUACAAGCUCCUCAAUCACAGAUAAAACUGAUGUUUAUAGUUUUGGAAUGGUACUGCUUGAAAUUGUAAGUGGAAGAAAAAACUGCUCAUUAAGAACACGAAGUCAUAGCCUCGACGAAAAUCAUAGUGCUGGUGGCCACUCGUCGUCUUCAUCUUUACAGGAACUCAUUUAUUUCCCGCUAUAUGCGUUGGAGAUGCACGAAAAAGGGCGGUAUUUAGAUCUUGCAGACCCCAGACUACAUGGUCGAGUUACUAAUGAAGAGGUUGAGAAGUUUGUGCGCGUGGCAUUGUGUUGUGUUCACGAGGAGCCUGGUAUGAGGCCAAAUAUGGUAAAUGUUGUUGGGAUGUUGGAGGGUAAUUUACCUUCAAGUCAGCCGAGGAUUGAAUUGUUGAACUUUUUGCGAUUUUAUGGGCGUCGUUUUACUGAGGCUUCAAUGGCAGAAGAGUCCGGAGUUCAAGAUGGGCUUGAGAACUAUAGAGGAAGACUGGAGAGAGAAGUCGUUGCUACCAUGGCUUACGUCGAGAGAGGUGUCGUCAAAUCCAAGAAAUCAAUAUGGCGAUUACGGACAAUCAAAGAUUUCUUUUGGGCAAUUGUCAACUUCAUUGGCGUGUUCUUCACUACAAUGUUUUCGAUGGAAAAAUCUGAUGCUUACCGGAAAGGAUUGGGCGCCAGCAAGAAAUGGGAUGGGGGUGGUCCAGGAGGUCCUGGAAGCGGUCCAUAUGGUGGUGGUCCACGUGGGCCACCCCGUGGAUUAGACAAUGUUCGAGGGAUUGACCACAGUUCUCUUCCAGCCUGUGGCUCUUGUUGUGGAUGA